AGUACAGUGUAAAGAGAAUCAAAGACCAUGGUGUGACAAUAAAUUACGAGAUAAGUCUAGAACUGUGCAUACAAAUAACCAGAGACUAGAAAACCAGGCAAUGGAGCUAUGCUUUUUAGCAAUAAUGUUCUUUACUCUCGGUAAUGUGGGCGUUGUGAAGUUGGGUGGGGCGUGGUUGAAUAUUGAUGGCAGGCGCCUAACGAGUAGAUUCAGACGUAGCUUUCUUCUGGAUCGCUGGAACAUCUCCUCAUUCUUUGAAGGGAAACGGGAAGACGAAUGGCUUGACAUACUUCAGAUGCUGCUAUUACUAACACUUUUAUCGCAAGUUUAUAUGGUGGCAAGCCUUUCUGAAGUAUAUUCAUAUCAGUCUCCACGAAGGUGUGCCAAUGACACGGAAAUCAUUGAUCAUCUACUCCUUGACACAGCUCUUCACUACAACAAGCACAAAUUGCCUUCAAAUCCGGUCGAUGUUCGUAUUGAGAUGUGGGUCCAGGAGGUGACCUCUGUUUCUGAGCUCACGCAAGAUUUUGAGAUUGGUAAAUAA